AACAGAGUUCCAGUCCAGUCACGAAGGAAGGAAGUCUUGGAGAGACAAGAUCUUGCCCCAGCAUCAAAGAACUCACGGCAAUGCAAUUCGACGAAGCCAUCACUUCUCCUUCCGCACACAACAACAGAUAACACCCCUCACAAACCUUUCAAUAAGACAACAAAGAAGAAGAUGUCGACGAAAAGCAAGCGAAAGAGCGAAAGCGCUGCCACUAAAAAGGGAACCAAAAAGCCUCGCAAGGGCAACAAGGAAAAUGAAACCGUUCUCGAAGUGAUGGAUCUUUGUGGACAAGGAUUUUUGUCGCCAUCGGAUCUCAUGACAUUCUUGGAGAAGCAAUAUCCACCCAGUAUCCAGAAAUUAAAGACGACCAAGAAAUUCUGCAUCCAGACGGAUUCCUUUCCUCGUGGUUGCAUGCAAGUUCUAUUGGAUCACAUUGGCGAAUCGCACCACCAAAUUGUGGAGUUCCAGCAUCACUACGGCAUGGUACGCAAGUAUCAACUCCAGAAUGCCGAUCUCAAGCUUCUCCUCAAGGAACAUGGAGGUUGGUUGACCAGUUUGCGAUUGGUACCACAGUCACUCAAGCUGGUUGCGACAGUUCCUCCCGCGCCCAAACUCCAAGGAUGCGGCUAUCGCUGGACGACGCUACACGCGCGGAGCUUGCAUGUCUUGGAACUGCCUUUAGCAAACGAUACCAAACAACAAUUGUUGGAUGGGACGCGCAAGACGCCGCUUCAGUUGGACCAGUUGGAAGAAUUGGUGCUCCGCCAUGUCGGAUCCAACACGACACGCGAUCAAUUGGAAAAUCUGUUGGCCAAUGCUCCCGUGCUGGGUCGUCUGGUCGUGCAGGGAGCCAGCAUGGGGGAUGAUUUGGAGGCAUUUCUAGUCGCCAAAGCCAAAGAACAUGGAAAGGAUGAUUUGGAGAUUGAAAUCCAUGACUAACUGCGUUUUGGUUGAGCAGCAGCAAUCAGACAAAGCAGACAUGAUGUAGGGGAAGCAAGCAACGAUGAUCUUGGUUAGAGUCCGUCAGUUGUCCUUUCUAUUCACGGGGUCGAUGGAACCUGGCGGGGAAUGACUCCAUUCGGAAGAAUCUUAGGGUCCAGAGACGUAUCUCGCUACCGGUAGGCGUUGACCCUCCUGCCGCAAAGAAAUUCAAUACAUAGAUAAGAGUCAAACAAACAUUAUUAAUCUAAUUCCUCCACUGAGCAAAGUGAAGGCAUC